AUGCGAUAGCUCCUGUGGAUAUGGAGACAGAUGUUUCCACAUCUGUUUGCCAGUACCCAAAAAGGAAGAUUGUGUUUUAAAGCCUGUUUAAAACACUGUUGCGUAAACAGCCUUAUCUAGCUCGCUCCUUUGGGAUAAGGUUUGGACCAUCUCUCCCAUAGAAACUGUGUUGUAGAGGAAUUGCAUGUAUAUGUUAUUGUGCAUGCUGUAGCAGUGUGCAGAUGUGAAAAAGGGAGGAAAAGAGAAGUAGAUUUGAUUUCAUUCCCCAGUUCUUGUGUUUGUUCACAGCAGGUAGCCAGGUGUUGUGUUUUAGCACCGCUAAAGCUGCAGCUAGGAGCAGCAAGGUCAUUGUACAUAUUACCCCUCUGUGCUAAUGUGAUGCUGUUGUUUUCUCUGUCUGCUCUUGUAACCAAACAGAAGUACUCUGCUGUCUCUCUCUGCAACAUAUCCACAGAAGUCCUGAAAGUCAUCAAUGCCACUGAAGAACUGAUAGCAGAAUCCAGCGGUCCCUGCGAUUUCCCAGCUGAUAUUCAGGACAGGGGAAAAGGGACCUUCCCACUGGGGACAGACCCUAUCAGGCUUGAUGAGCAGCUCACCACACUGGAAGAAAACGUGUACCUGACAGCCAGCACGGUGUACGGGCUGGAGGGGCAGCUGACCAGCCUGGAAGAUGCUGCACGCAAGAUCAACAGUGUCACUGCAGAGUCUGAGCUGGCCCAUCUGGAAGACCAAGUGGCCACAGCAGCUGCCCAGGUUCAUCAUGCAGAGCUUCAGAUUUCAGAUAUUGAGAGCAGAAUAUCAGCUCUCACAGUUGCAGGCUUGAACGUGGCUCCAUGUGUUCGCCUGACAAGGAAACGGGAUCAAAAGCAAACAAACCAGAUGCACACAAUAGACACAUCAAGACAGCAGAGGAGAAAACUUCCAGCUCCGCCAAUAAAAGGUGAAAAAAUAGAUGGUUCUCCAGUUACCACUGUCAGGACGUUCAACAGAAACUUCAUGCUUCAAGGAUCUCUAACACAAAGAACUAAAGAGAGGAAAAGCACUGCCAAGGACUUAAUGGAACCUGCAAUAGGAUCUGCUGUGAUGUACUAAACUUACUCCUACUGCCAGUAACACACUGCCUAAGGCUGUACACUAGAGUGCCUUUACUUAACAGCCAUUGCAUACGUCCAGCUGAAAAUGGACCCUCAAAGAACCUACAAAGCCUCAGUUACAGGGCUUUGUUUGGAUACCUCACUGAGAAAGCUGUCCAAGUCUUCAGCAUUGUGGUCUGCUAAAGGAAACUCUGCCUUAAAGUUCUCACAAAACUCCAGACAGGAUGCUGAGUUUCAAGAGCAAGGCUCCACGUUUUAAGAUGCACUUUUUCUCCUUAUUGAUUGUACGGAAGUAUGUCAUCUUUACACCGCAGUAUGUUUUUGUACACACAGUCAGUCAUAAUGAUAGGCCAGUUAAUCUGCCACACCAGACCUGUGAUCCAUAUUUGCUGGUUACUAACAUCCAUGUUGUCAAGCAAUAAGAACAACUCCGUGCAGUGUAUGCUGGGUGGUGGGAGUGGAGAGCCAGUGUACCUCACUCUGGGAGUCAGUGGGAGGUUCUGACAGGGUUCACAGGAGGAGGUGCGGGAUGUGCAAAGGCUUCUCUGUCCACUGAGGGUAUGUUUGGCAGUCACUGUUGUAGCUCCAGAGCGAGGUAUUUUGCUAUUGACAGCAGGGGGAACAUGGAUGUCAUGUUGAACCUUGAAUUGGUAGCAGCACAUGUGGACCAGAUGUCUGUUACGAUCCUGGUGUCUGGAAGCAUCUGAGCACUGUUGUGAAACCAACACCUCUGUAUGUCUCGUUCCUCUUGGUAGCAUUGUCUGCUUUGGUGGUGGCCAACCACGCUGUAGUUCAGAAUAAAUUCUGACCAAAUCUUUUAAGGUUGGUAAAAGAAGGUGAGAAGACAUUGUAGAUGAGAUCUCUGCUGGUGGUUGUAGGGUGGCUGCAGCCCUACAGCCUGAGUGAGAGAUUCCCUUCUGCUAUUUCCUGGCUUUUCUGAGGAGGGGACAAAUGUAGCCCAGCGGUCUCUCCUUUAGUAAUCCAACGUAGAGUAGCUAUGACCUGCUGCCAUGUGCACCCCACUACUGUUGGACCACUCGAAUUGGAUUGUGAAUGGUAGAAUUCCAUCUUUCAUUGCUUGAGACCUUCAAAAGGUGAGCCCUCAAAGGUAGAAGGCCCUUGGGAAGAUGCUGCUUACAGGGUGUCCCUCUCACCCUUUUGGGAAGACUUUGCCAAUCUGUAGUACUUUUUGCUCUGAAGAAUACGAAGGAAGAAGUUGGAGGAGGUGAUAAGCCAGUGAAUCUGUUACCUUCCAUGCAGAGUGCAGAGCAGGUCCCCAGAUGCAGAGUGGGUGGUUGUGAAACAUGCCAUGAAGGAGGGCACAGGCUGGCAAGUUCCCCCUCAGCAUCAAGGAGGAGUAGGGACCAGGGCAGGAGGAGAGCUGCUCUUUUCCCUGGGCCCCCAGCAAAUACCCAGUGGUAGAGUGCCACGUGUUACCUGCUACAUGGCAGGAAUGCCAUGCCCUGGAACACCAGGCCAUGUAGUAGCUCCAGUUGGGCAAACAGGAGGAAAACUGGGCAAAUUUCCUGGCUGGGUGGGUUUUAGUUGGGCAGAUGGGAAGGUGAGAAAUGGCUAGAUGGGGCAGUUGGAACAGCAGUGCCAGUUGCAAAUCUGCCAUUCACACUUGACAUCUAGCACUUGUCAGUACCCUGAUGUCCAGCUGCAUGUAAGGAACCAUCGGAAUAAAUACAACCUUCUUCCCAUCUGGAGUACGUAAGCAUCCCUCCAUCCCUUCAAAGAAUUCCCAUCUGCCCAAGAUCUGCUCAGAUGUGUUCGUUCUGGGUGAAAUUCUGCCUUCUUUUGCUCUCACACAAUCCUAGUUCUCUGAAACUGCUUUUGCACAGGUGUGAGGGCAGAAUUGGGCCCACUCUGUUUAAUAUAUAAAUAUAUAUAUAUAAAACAAAUAUAUUUUAUUUAUAUAUGCAAUCCAGUAAAGGAGAUUAAACAGAGUAGGAUGCCUAGGGAUUUGUUAUCCGGUCUCCUCCUCCUUCCUUGACUGUUCUCUUAUAUACAGCACAUUCCCAAGUUCUGGUUUAUGCAGGUAUGCGUGUUAUGAAACGUCAUUAAUGGUGGUUGGUCUACAUAUCCAUCUAAUAACUAAUAACUAAUCUCGUGUAUGUAAUAUCAAUCCAGAAAUGACUACUUUUAAUAGAAUUAACUCUUUGGCUUUUGUUCUGUUAGUGCGAUUUAAACGAGCCAGCGCUGUUCGGACUAGGUUGUUUUUUCCUUAAGAGGCAUGAAAAGCAUCUAUUAUCGUGUUACAAUGUUAAAAUAUUCAGUCUUUGACAGAAAAACGUGUACUGUGUAGGCAUUGCAGCAACAAAAUAGAAAAAGAUAUAAAAAAAAAUAUAUCCCACGUGCUCCAAGGCAUUUGACUUCUUCCAGGUGUUGAUUGUGCCAAAUCCGUGCAAAGAUAUAACCCACUGGUUUAAAAAAGUCCUCAAAGCGUCUGCUAGAGCACACAAAGACUUAUUUUGUCAUCGAGUGAUUUCAAUCUUCAGUGUUAAUAUUUCUAUUUAGAUUGAUUUUUAUAAAUGAAAACUAUUUUACUGGGCAAAACGAGGACUAGAUGAUCUGUUGGAUUCAGUCUGAGUGAAUGUUAAGCUUGCCUUGUUGUUAUUAUCUGCGUACUCACCGAGAACUGUCAUCCAGAGGAACUAUAAAAGAGUAAAAGUGGUUUAUGAACAGAAUGCCUUUGAUUCAUAAAGAAAACCCAAAAGUUGC